AUGGGCUGGGGUGAUUCUGAUAAUUCAAUCGAAAAAUGGGUCAAGCAACUUAAAUCUAACGACCCUACUCUCAAGUCUCUCCACAUCCUUAGCUUCAGAGUUGUCACACCUAGUCAAUUUGCUUCACUCUUCACUGCCCUUGCACAAAAUAAAACCCUGAAAGAGUUAUAUUGCUCUGGUCAUGCUCUCGACACCAAUGCCGUCGAACAACUUUCAGAAGCACUUACUCUCAACGACACCCUUGAAUCUCUCAACGUUGGAAACAGUGAAUUUGGAUCUGUUCUCAAUGGCAAGCUCAUGACCAUCUUAUGCGAGGGUCUGGCUGUCAAUGAAGGACUAGUAAAAAUUGAUCUCGAAAACAAAGGUCUGACUAUGGGCUCAAUCACGACUCUUGCCGAAUGUCUUAAAAAAAAUGAACGUCUCCAGAAUCUCAACCUGUCCCGGAAUUCUAUUGACGAUACUUCAUUUCCAGAAUUUGCCAAGGCUAUCCCUCAGACUAACCUGCGUGAACUCAACGUGUCAAUGAACAGCAUUGGCCCUGUCGGUGCCCGUAUUCUUGCCGAUAAUUUGGGAAAGCUUGAAGUAUUAGACAUUUCUGAUAACCCUCUCAUGGAAGGUGCUAGUGCACUCGGGCAUGCUUUGGCUACCAACCAGCACCUCCACACACUUAAAAUGAUGAGCGUCUCAAGCCCUGAACAAGAAUUAUCUUUACCACCUGCUGCAACCGCCGAAAACGAAAAUGAAGAAGAAAAUAAAGAUGGCGAAUUGGAAGAGCCCGCUGAGGAAGAGGAUGAUGGUCGUUCAGUACAUGGAAACUCCUUGUUCGAGGCUAUUCUUGCCUCAAUAGACUCCAACUCCAAAUUGACUCAUCUGUGGUUAGAUAGUAAUGGUAUUGAAACCAGCGCAUUCAAGCAAGUUGAGAAUCUUGCAAAAAGUUCGCUGGUUGAUAUUCGCCUGCGUCGCAACAAAAUCGACGACAAGGCCAUUGAGUCGCUUACAAAAGUUAUUCCUCAGUCUCUUGUUCACCUUGAAUUGGGCGAAAAUCAAAUCGGUGGUCUGGGUCUUUGGAAAUUACUUUCGACCCAUCUCCACUAUAUUGGCCUCUUUAGUAACCAAGUCGGUGGAUUUAGUGAUUAUCCAGAUAUAUUACCGGUCUUAACCCAGAGUGGCGCACGUUCUUUGGAUAUCGGUUGCAAUAAGGUAACGCGCCAGGACAUGGAAGCCGUGAUCGAGAUACUGUUAGGUCAGGGUGUACCUCACCUCAAACUGCUUGAAAUCGGUGGCAAUGCUGAAGAAAAAGAUAAAGAUGCAUGGGAGAGUGCUGUCGGGCGUCUCAAAGAAAUUCGCGAGGAUCUCGAAGUUGCAUGGAAGCGUCUAAUGAGUGGAGAGAUGAACGAACCUGGACCUAUGUAA